AUGGACGACGAGGAGGACGAACACGAGAAAUGGACCAAAGAGCGCGAAAAGGUGCUCGAUGAGUGGAGCGAGAUUGAGCUUAAAGGACGAGAAGCUUUGACGGCUGAUGUGACUCAUGAGCCGGGAAGUUCCGAAGGCUUAGUGGCUUCUGAAGCAACGUUAGAAGAAUUAUAUCCAUUGCUGGAGCUUCAAAAGCCGGUUGAAGCAAUUUCAGCCCUAGACAAAAUUAUUCAAAUAUGUCUUUGCCGGCCAUCACGGACCCAAAUGCCGCCUCUUGGCUAUACUCAUAAAUCGCUUUUACUCAAAUUGAGUCAUGUUCCUUAUGACGAUAAUAACGGGACUCAUUGGCUUCUGCUGUCGGAUUAUUUCAAAAUAAUCUCGCAAAUCGCUCUAGACACCCCGAAUACGCCGUGCCCACGAGUUGGCUCACAUUGGCAGAUCGUCGGAUUUCAAGGCAACAAUCCGGCGACGGAUUUCCGCGGUUGCGGCAUUCUGGCACUUCUUCAACUUCAUUCAUUCACGCAAAAGUUGCCGCAUAACAUUCUUCAAAGUAUUGUUCAAUUAUCGCGCACCGAGCCAAAUGAUUUUCCUCUUGCGGUUGUCUCGAUUAACAUGACGGGUCUCAUAUUGGCAAAACUCAAAAAGGAUUCCCUUGACCAACUCGCAAAUCCAUUAAAUGGCCUCUACUCGACAAUUUCGUCGCUCCAUGCCGCCUGUCUCGCCCAGUUCUGCGGAAAAUAUAAAUCGCAAAACGCCUCGUUGGCCGCUUGCCAAACGAUUAUCAAUGAUAUCGACGCGUUGCUCGAAAAAUCGCCAACAUCACUGCUCAGAUUGCUCGAGCCGAACAACGAUGUGCUCAUCAAACAAUUACUGUGA